CAGUACAGUUAACACACCCAAGUCUUUCACUUCGCGUAUAAAAGGGGAGCCGAUGGUCAGUGAGAAGUACGAGCAGCACGUCAGUAAUGGAGAGCUCACAGAAUCACACAAAUUACAGACAAGGCAAACACUUCGGACUUCCAUAUGAAAUAUUUGGACGAGUUGCAGAACGAUGUGCUUUUCCAAACCACAGAGUGGUUAUUCUGAGUCUGGGACUGCUGAACGCUGUAUUAUUCAUAUCAGCUGUCGCCAUUGGUGUGAAGUGUGCUGAGCUCAAAGCGGGCUCCCUCCAGCAAUCCCACUCAGCUACAUCACAGCUCAUCAGUGAGCUGAGAUUUUUACGUAGCAACCACAGCGAUGUGAUCGAGGCUGAGGAGGAGGCCAAGAGGGAGCUGGGGAAAGUGAUAAGUAACCACGCACAACUGAAGAAGAAAACUGAGCAGCUGAGGACCAUCAGUGAUGAUUUUUGGAAACAGAUUGUUGCUCUGAGAGCUGACAAGGCCAACCUGCAGGCCAACAUAUCCGUUUUGGAGGGAACUUGUGGAAGCUGCAGCCCGGGCUGGGACCUCCUAAACUCCUCCUGCUAUUUCUUUUCCUACACUGAGUCCAGGACAGUCAAGAAGAACUGGCCAGACAGCAGAGCGGACUGCAGAAGACGUGGAUCAGAUUUGAUUGUGAUCGAUAAUCCAGAGGAGCAGACAUUUGUGAGUAACAGCAUUGAGGAUAUGAGAUCCGGCCGCGAUAUCUGGGAAAAUGGAUUCUGGAUCGGCAUCACUGAUGAAGACACAGAGGGAACAUGGAUAUGGAUCAAUAAUGUCACAGAGAUGGAGCAAAGGUACUGGAUGGAUGGAGAACCAAACAACGCUGGAAACACAGGGGAGCAUUGUGGAGUUGCUCUUCCCUCCAGUGAUAAUCCAUGGAAGACCAGAUACGAUGGGAAGUGCCACCAGCAAACGCUACACUGGAUCUGUGAAAUGCCAAAAAAAUAAACUCCAAACUCCCACUUGAUGUACUGCUUCAGUGGUGUGGGCCAUCAGGACCAUGAAUGAAUGAAGAAAUACAUACAUUUAUUAGAUUUAUGCAUAAAACUAUGGAUUUCCUGUGUUUGUAAGCCUCUGAUUUGCAGUGGUAUACAGACUGCCGUCUUGUGAUGCUGGGUUCAGUGCUUGGUUGGGAUUUAUUGAUUUCAAAGCUUGUUUAUGUUUAUUUUUUCUGGCAUCUUUAAAGCAUUUUGUUUCUUGUUGGUGAUUUUCAAAAUGCCAAUAAAUUCACACUGAUACUGACAUACUUUUUCCAUCUUGAAAUGACCAACUGUUGGGCUUUUUAUCCAAAAGUAGCAUAAUUACUUAUAAACAC